UGUGAAAGUGGAGCGUGCUCGGCUCGUGCUGACGGACAGCGAGCUCGAGGUCCCUGUUGCUGCUCUGCAAAAUGCUGCGCGCGCAGGCGUCAGAGUUGGAGAGCGGCUCACUGUUGAGGGAAACUGGGAGAGAAAGAGAAGCAGAGUCCGGAUCUGACUGCUUAACUGGGCUGGGGUGUCUGCUCUGUCAGCGCGGCGAGGCAGUGCCGAGCAGUCUGGCCGUGACUGUCUGACGUCUAACCGCGGUAGCUGAGCUCAGUCCUCCAAAACAGUCUUUGGCCAAGUCUUCCAGCGCUGCAAUGGGCCACCACUUGCUUUACCUGGAAGGGCAGACCUCUUCGAUAUGAGAUGAACGGAGUGCCACUUAUUGGAGGCAGCGGAAUAACACAAACAAGCCCCAGUCUUCUCCCUUCGAAGCGUUCCGGGGCUGACCACAAGCCUGCUGCUGCGUCCACUGUGGAUAUUGCUGCAGUGCAUGUUGCAAAAUCUGCCGUUUUUCUGUUUUUUUUUUCUUCUUUUCCUUACUUUGCUCCUUUUUUCACCACCUUGCUCUGUUUUUUUGACUGUUUUUCCUCAGCGACACUCCUCUGGUGAAUGAAGGUCUUUGUAAAACAUGACUGCUUUCUUUCUGCUGAAGAUUCUUUUCAGCUGUGGUGGUUUUUGUGGUUUAGGGGGGUUGAAAAGUAAUGCUAAAUAAGGAUACCACUACUGUGUGACCUAGAUAACGCAACAACUCUUUGCUGACCCCCACCCCUCCACCUCCACCACCACCACCACCCUCACCCUUUGCCUUCCCUGGAUCUACCGCCCCCUGGACAGCUCAAUGGAAGCAGUGGUGUGUGUGGGGGGAGCGCGUUAGGGCGCAGGACGGGGCGCAGGAUGCAGUCUGGAACGCGGGCUCUCUGCGCCGGAGGGGGCGCCUCACUCUGCUGCCUGCUCCUGCUCUGGCUCAUAUACACCCACCUGCUCAAAGAAGGUCAGCUGGCAGUGGGCACGUGUGAAAUUGUGAUGUUAAACAGAGACAGCAGUCAGCCCAAGCGCACCAUCGCCAGGCAGACUGCUCGCUGCGCCUGCCGGAGAGGCCAAAUUGCGGGCACCACGCGGGCACGGCCGGCAUGUGUGGACGCACGGAUAGUUAAAAGCAGGCAGUGGUGUGAGAUGACCCCAUGUUCAGAGGGAGAAAUCUGUGGGCUGCUGUUCAACCACUCCGGCUGGACCUGCACCAAGGGAGGUGGACGAAUAAAAACGGUCACGCCGCUGCCAAAGGAGCCAUCUUAAAGGACAUCAGAUGAAAAGAGGUCUAUUGACAUUCAUGGGAACAUUGCAGACCAGAAGUCAUUCAUCAAACGCAUCCUCUCAUCCUGGAGCUAAAACAACUCACGCCCCCUUUCAGUCUCUCCCCAACCCAAACUGCACCACGGAAAACCCCCCCACCCCCCACCCCCCCAGCAACCCCUCUCCCUCUUACAGGAGCCAGCACCUUGGUCAUGGACAGUCGAGAACUCUCUGAGGACAUAAUAUGGAACGUUCCGCCUCUGUGGCGUUCGUCUCCGGGGUUACAAUAAUAGGCCUACAUCAGGGCAGAACUGUAAAACACAUCCACGUCAGACUUGGAGCUUUGCAUUCUUAUGAAGCUCAGAGUGGAUGGAAGCUUCGUAGUUUGAAGCCAAACAAGCUUGUGAAACCCCACAGUCGUGGAUUAUCCGAGCAGAACAUGAUCACGUUUGGGAUUCUGAAGAGUACAGAGCUCUGACAACCUGGAUGAUGCCUUUGUGAUGUUUUUUCAUCCCCAGAGUCAGUUUUUUCUUAAACAUGUGGACAGCAUGCUUUGGACAUGCGCCCUGAUGAGGGUACUCCGAUCACCCUGCAUUCCUGACGAAUACAGACAUUAAACCCCAAGGAGAUUUAAGCUGAAAAUAGUGGACAAAUCAGUUCUAGACAGUAUCAACAAAUGGCUGGACUGAAUGACCGCUUUGCCACUGAAAAAAAUGGGAUGAAUUUAUUUGAUUCAAAUGUGUACAUCAUUUCCACAUGAAUAAGACAUAUAGUCCUGUGCAAAACUCAGAGACCACUCUAUAUUCGUUUACUUUCUGUUUCAAACAGCCGUUAAGUACAAAUUAUUCAUUUUUCAGAAGAUUUCUGAGAUUGGAUAAGAUAAUACACUUGCCUAAAUAAGGGAGAUGAUCAAAAAAAAAGAUACAGAGAAAAUGAUGCUCCUAAUGACCGUGCAAGAUCUGGUAGAUGUCUAUACUUUUGUGGCUUGAGAUCAUCAUGAUCUGCCAUGAUUUUUUAAUGCACUUCACUGGCCUAUAGUGAUAUUUGUCACAGGACAAAUCACUGAAAAAUGACAUUAACCGUAUUGUCAGUCAGGUUUGUGUAGUCUGGACGACUUUAUUCUUGACUUUUAGCUGGGAAUUCGUUGUCAUAGACUCUGUAUAGUUCAAAAAUGCCUCCCGACAUUCCCCAUCUGUGGACGUGGGAUGGCUAUUUGUAAAAAAUAGCCCUCCCUCAGCUCAGCAUGGCAGGGGUAAGUUUUCCAGUUCUUUGUGCUCGGUCUCACACUUAUCUUUUGAAAGAGUCAGUGUAGGUUACAGAAGAAAAACAUUAAAAUUUCGCUACACAAACUGGCCAACGAUAAAUGCAAACUUUCUAGAUUACUAGAGGUAAACUCGCAGCAGUGGCUGCAGCGUAGCUAUGGUAACAAGCAGUAAAUUAAAGAAAUAGCGGCCACAUUUCAGGUCAGUCAAUCAUACAGACCUGUCCACCACCAAAAUCAAUGAGAAAGUUAAAAUUUAAUAGCCUGUUUGAAUGAGCCGCAAUCUACCAACGUACACUGUGCGAUCAACUGGUCAACUGCAAUCGACGUAUUGGGCACCCCUGUGGUAGAACAUCAAAACUGUCAGAUAAGCAGCACUUAAAACUUUCAUUUUUGAGAGGGAGCAGAAAAUCAAGCUCCACUCUUGCUUCAGAUCUGAAACAGUCCGCAGAUGUUUCUCUCCAUCCUUCUGCUGUGAGAAGACAACUCAGCGCUAUGAGAAUGUGAAAAAGAAGAACAUUCGCAAAUCAAAGACACUGCUGAUGUUUUCAGAACAAUGGACUGACCACCCCAGAGUCCAAACUUCAACAUCAUUAAGUGCGUGUGGGAAUAUUUGAAUGGUGAGAUGCAAUACAUGCAACCAACUUCUAAGACUGAACUUGAAGGUGUGGAAAAAUCUCCUUGUAACAACUGAAAGCAAGUCUCCUGAAAAAAAUGGAAGGCAAAAAUGAGUUCAGCAAAUACUGAAAACAUUGAUCUUAUUAGUAGUUUAGGCUCUGUGUAACUUUCUGUUUAUAUCUUUUCUGCUUUUUUCAGAUACUGGAAUAUUAAUAACUUGUAUCUGAUGUCUGUUUUUGGCUGGAGAGAAAAUAAAUGAAGGGUGGUCUCUGAUUUUUGCACAGUAUUGUAUUAUAAUGCAAAGCAAGCAAAACUGACAGUUCAAACUGUGCUGCAUAUUUGAAUCAACUACAUUCAAUGACUUUUUUCAGCGAGGGCAAUGUCCACUUUACGACCUCUCUCCUGUUGUUGAAAAUGGGAACUUUUUGACCGUGUCUAUGAUCCUCUCUGGCAUUUUCAAGUGUAAAAGACGCUAUCCGGCUGUCUCCUGCUUUCCUAGGUCCCUUUCACUCUUUGCUUUCGAGUGUCUCUCUCCAUAGGAUGCAGUAUAUUGUUUGUAUGAAUACUCUAUUUUGGCUGUGAGUCCAUAUGCAGUGACGCUUGAGAUGACGUUUAGCGAUAGAUAGGAUAUAAAGGAUGUACACGGGCGCAUUGUUAAGCCACAUGUGACGGCGAGGUCAGAUUGCAUCAGCCUUCUGUUGUCUGAACAUCUAUUAUUAUGUAGAUUUCAAUGCCUCUGGCAUCCAAGGAGCAAGAAACACUUACUUCUAUUAGCUUUUUGUUAGCCCGGUGGCCAGGAGAGAGGAUGAGAAGUAAAAAAAAAAACAAAAAAAAAAACAGGAGCGUUGUAUUUAAAAGCAAAUCACAUAAUGGAUGCAAGGAUU